GUGGUGGGCAGCAGAGCCUAGGUCCAGGGAGCCAAUCGGUGCCGGGGCUGCUGCCGUGAGGGAAUGCUCGGGAGCGGCGAUGCCCAUCACGCAGGACAACGCAGGGGUCUUCCUCCCCCUCCUGUGCCAGUGGCUGCAGAACAGCCUUCGGGAGGGGGACGAGGGUGCCGAGCAGCAGCUCUGCCGCUCAGCUGUCCAGAAGCUGAGCGAGUACAUCCAGCUCAACUUUUCCGUGGAUGAGAGCAAACUGCAGCCAGGGAGCUGCGGGACUUCGGAUAUGGAGAUCUGCACCAUGUAUCUGGCCCAGGAGAUGAGAAAAACUGAGGUUCUGGGAUUGAGCUUUGGGAACAUCCCUGCUCUGGGGGACUAUGGGGAGAAGCGUCGGGGAGGGAAGAAGAGGAAGGGGCAUAAAGGGCCAGUGCUCGAUGUCGGGUGCAUCUGGGUGACAGACUUGAAGAAAAACAGCCCGGCUGGGAAGUGCGGGAGAGUGCGGCUGAAAGACGAGAUCCUUUCCUUGAACGGCCAGUUGAUGGUCGGCGUGGAUGUCACUGGUGCAAGUUACCUGGCCGAGCAGUGCUGGAAUGGCGGCUUCAUCUACCUGAUCAUGUUGCGCCGCAUCAAGCGCAAAGCCCCUCUUCCUCCUUCCAACGGCAACAACAGCAACAGCUGCGACCCCAAAGCCAAACCCAGCCCCGAACCCAGCGACAGACCUGCUCAAAAUGGGAAAAGGACCAGGAAGUUCGGGGUCAUCACCAGAACACCAGGCAGCAAGGACAACAAAGAAAAGCCGGUCUCGGAGCAUGGGAAUGGGCACUGCACUCCAAUGGAGGUGGAGGUCGCGCAGCCAGAGACCUCCGGAGCAGAAAGCAACGGGGAAGAGCAGCUUCAGGGCACAGGGGGACAGUACCGCUGCCAGCUGUCGGAUGGCAGCGUGCCGGACAUUGGCGACCAGUCUGCCCAGCGGGAAGGUUGCCGCAUAUGGAGGAUGCACAUCCUGAAGGGGACGGACGGGCUGGGAAUCCAGAUAACAGGAGGCAGAGGGUCGAAGCGGUCCCCUCACAGCAUCAUCGUCACCCACGUGGAGGAAGGUGGCUCUGCACACAGGGACGGCAGGCUGAUGGCGGGCGAUGAGCUCCUCAUGAUCAACGGGCAGUCACUGGUUGGGCUCUCCCACCAGGAUGCCGUGGCCCUCCUUCGCUCAGCUGCUGGCCUGGUGCAGCUGGUGGUUGCUAGCAAGGAAUCUGCUGAAGGGGAUUUUCUGAAGUAUCCAUCUACCAGUUUGCCAGACUUGCUUAGCACUUGCUCAGUCCAGGACUCUGUCUCUUGCACUGACAAUAAGGAAAACGAAGAGCCAGAAGAAGAUGUGAAGGGAGUGAAUAUGUCUCCUGAAACACUGGUUGCUAUGAUGGAAACCGAGAAGUCUCAAGAUCCAGUUUGUGCAGAAGUGUCCAAAGGAAACAACCAGAGUCCCACCCUAGGAAGUGGCAUACUGAAAUACAGAAGUCGAUCCCAAGGUGCUGGAUCCCGUUUGGAGUCCGUGGGAGAAGACGACGAGCUGACCGUGGAAAAUGGUGAAUCGAAUUAUGAAAUAGCUGUGAAAUAUUCCCGGGGUGGAAGAAAGCACUCUCUGCCCCAGCAGCUGGAGUCAGCAGGAGCCAGGCAGGACUACCACAUUGUGAAGAAAUCUACACGUUCCUUCAGUGCUGCCCAAGUGGAAUCUCCAUGGAGACUGACCCAGCCGUCCAUCAUUUCCAACAUCGUCCUGAUGAAAGGGCAGGGCAAGGGUCUUGGAUUCAGCAUAGUAGGAGGUCAGGAUUCUGCUCGUGGACGCAUGGGGAUUUUUGUGAAGACUAUAUUCCCAAAUGGAGCAGCAGCUGCUGAUGGAAGGCUUAAAGAAGGGGAUGAAAUCCUAGAAGUUAAUGGAGAGUCUCUACAAGGACUGACCCAUCAGGAGGCCAUUCAGAGGUUUAAGCAACUCAAGAAAGGUGUGGUGACCCUGACCGUGCGCACGCGGCUGCGCAGCCCCAGCCUGACGCCCUGCGCGACUCCCACCUUGCUGAGCCGCUCCAGCUCCCCCAGCUCCAGCGCUGGAAUGCCGGGCCCCGGCCCUGAGGAGCCUGAGGGUUCCUCCUCCAGCCGCAAAGGACCCGGCCCGAAGGACAGGAUUGUCAUGGACGUCACGCUCAAUAAAGAGCCAGGGGUUGGGCUCGGCAUUGGUGCCUGUUGUCUCACUCUGGAAAACAGUUCUCCAGGGAUAUAUAUUCACAGCCUGGCCCCGGGAUCCGUGGCUAAAAUGGAUGGCAGAUUAAGUCGGGGUGACCAGAUCCUGGAGGCAGACUCGGUGAGUCUGCGCCACGCGGCGUUGAGUGAAGCCUACGCCAUCCUGAGCGAAUGUGGUCCAGGUCCCGUCAGCCUCAUCAUUAGUCGGCAUCCAAACCCAAAGGUUUCUGAGCAGGAGAUGGAUGAAGCAAUCGCACGUACGACCCACCGGGAGAGCAAGGACACCAGCUCCUCUCAUGUCACAGGAGCUGUACAAAAAAGCCCAUCUCCUAAUGUGAAGGCCAAACAAGGAGAGAGCUCAUCUGCCCUCAGCUGGACUAUGAAACGCUUUCUGGAACCAGCAAGCCGGGGAUCUGUCAGCUCAGAGGCAGAGCUUUCCCAGUAUUUCUCGCAUGACAGCACAAGCCAGCUCCCAUUUUCUAAUGCUGUGACCAGCUCCUGCAAUGAAGAGCAGCUCCUUCAGAAGAACAGAAACAGUUUGUUGGAUGAUGGCUCUCUUCUUCCUGGCAACCUGACAGAUAGAGAAGCAGGAGUGGCAAAAGCAAAUGGUCUGGCUUCUCCAACUAGUGGGAGAUCAUCCAGCCUUCACAACAAGCACGUGGAGUCUGUCCGACCUGGCAUCCUCAGUGAGAGCCCCAAAUCUGCCCGCAGCCCCUUUCAUCGUCAGAGAAGGGUUGUUUUCUAUGAUGGUGACGUUAGUGACGAUGAUGAAAGUUCCCACUUGCAAAGAAGCCAGAGAGCAAAGAGCCAGGAGAAUGCUAGCAUUGUCAUUACAACCUCAUCCAUAGAAAUUGAUGAUGAGAGCCAGGGCAGCGAGUCACCUAGAUACAGUGGCACGGACACGUCUUCCCCUGUCUUCAGCAGCUCCAUGGAGUCUGCAGACAGCACGCUGGAGCAAGCUGAGUCUCCUUUCUUCCCCAUCAUAGCGUUUGAUUACUCAAGUAUGCCUGAAGUUCGUCUUGGCAGCCUGAGUUUGAAGGAGCUCCGAGAAGCACAACUGGAAUCUAAGAGAUCACCAAAACUUGAGCACAGAGCAGUCACAAGAGUGAAAAGCAUGAUGAGCACUGAGUGCCGAAGCCUUCAGAGACACAGGACAGAGGAACAUGGCUCUUACAACAAGCCUGUUGCGAGGACACUCCCUCACAGCAAGAAGUGUGAAGUGCCCAAUGGGGCUGGGCUGGGCCAGGGUGAAAUAGUCACUCUGGUUCGCAAUGAGCACGAGUCAUUUGGCCUGGAUUUGGAGAUCCAGGCCAUGCCCUUAAAGGUUGUUGUCACAGGGCUGCGGCCAGGUGGAGCAGCAGAAAUGGGAUCAAUGGGCAAGAUGGCUGUAGGAGAUGAGAUUACCACCAUCAACAGUAUCCCAGUCAGUAAGAUGACGUAUGAGGAAAUCUGCUUGCUUAUGCAAUGUCUUCCCACAUCUGUAACCCUGGAGAUCCAGAAGGCAGCAUCAGUUGUCAGCAGAUUUACAAACCUCAUCCUGUCUCCAGGGGUAGACAGUCAAAACCAGGCCGAUGUCAACAGCAUCCUCCCAACUGAGGAAGAACCGAGUGCUGGGAAGCGAGGAGGAGGAGCAGGUUUGCAAGAUGCUGGCGGUGGCGGCCGUGCGGGACAGAGGACAACACUGCCACCUGAUGCCGCGAGCAAAGACGUGCAAAGAGGCGCCGUGAAGAGCAGCCGUGCCGAGGAGGGCGCUGCCAUCCCUGUCACCGAUAUCGAUGACUUGCUCAGCCAAAUGCGUGCUCCGGAGAGCAGGGCUUUGCGCACCCCGUCGCGAGCGGAAAACCCACUCCGAGAUGAGUACACCACGAUGUGCUGCUGUGGGACUGACGAGGGGUGUCCUGGAUCUGAGCCACGGCCAGCCAAGGAGGAGCUGCUGGAAAAAACUGUGAAUUGUGGAGCUAAUGCACAAGGGGUUUUGGAGCUGUCUGUGUUGGACUCCAUUAACACAGGCAAGCUCUUUACUGUGAAUAAAAACUCUUUAAAUAACUAUUCUAGGAAUUUUAGCAGUUUAAAUGAGGAUGAGUUGCCUGCAGCAAACUCUCUGGAAGAUAAGAGAAGCGACCCACUUCCAAAGUCUAUGUAUGGGGCUGCAGAGGAUUCUCACUCGGACGCGGAGUCUGUCACAGAAAACUUUGAUAGUGCUAACGAGGUGCUGCUGGGGCCGUGUGCUGCUGCUGAUGCCCCCGCGGUCUGUUCUGUAAUGGAGUCAGAUGAGGAGCAAAUUGAGAUUUGCUGCAUGAGCGACGAGCCGCAAAAGCCCUCACAGGAGCAGCCUCUCACAUCUGCAUCAAGCUCAUCCUCUCUGUCCCCGCUGCACCCUUGCGGCGGCAAAGUUUUGCUGACUGAGGGCUGUACAAUGUGUGGGUCACUGGAGACAAGCAUCAACAAACUAGGGUUGGAUGAUCACAAGGGUCCCACUUCACGUCCCUCACAAUGUUCUGAGGUGUCCUCUGCACACUUGUGUUCUUCUGCCUCAGUUUUCCUGCCAGAAAAAGACAUCCUAAAGAAUUCAGUCAGUAUCCCUGAAGUUUACUCCUUCUGUAACAAUGGUGCCUUAAGUACAGAAAAACAGGUGGGUUUGUGUAACAGUAAUGGACAUACGGAAUGCUGUGAAUCCAUUGAAGAGGAAGGGUUGCUGCACUGCAAAAAGGUAAGCUUUUGCUCUGGUAGAAGUACCAGUGGCUUGGCGAACAACUUGCUUGAGAAAGAAGGAUGUCAUGAUGAGCAGAGGUCCAAAUCUGAAAGCGAAGCUGUGGUUGAUGACUGUAAUCAUGCUGUUAAUUAUUGCUCAGUGAAGAAAGAAACCAACACUUUGUCCAGCUUGUCUAAAACAGACAGUAAUCAUUUGAAUGCAUCAUCAAGAGCAGUAUCACUCAGGUCUCCCUUUCCCGCUAGAUCUAAAGAUCCAAAGGCAAAUACAACUCAUGACUUGCCAGGAAAAAAUGAGAAAAUUAACUCUGUGACUUCAGGAAGGACUUCAAAUGGAAAAGUCCAAAGCUCAGGCACAAAUCACUGCAAAGGAGCUGCAGUUCCACACAGCCCAUCCUUGCAGAAAAAAUCCUGUCAGGAAUCUAAGGGAAUGGCACAAAAAAGUAUAAUGGACACUCUUCUGAAUAACCAGAAGGCCAAAGCAGGACCAAAGCUAAAAGGGUUCACCAUCAAAAGCAAAUCAAAGGCAAACUCAGAUUCUUCUGGCAUUAAUCCUACCAAAGUCAGUGGAGCUGAUCAGAAAAGGAUUUCUGUUUCUCCACAACUGUCUCCUAAACUCCCAGGGAAGAAAACACCUUUGUCCCGUAAUUCACCUACAAACCCAGAUCCUGGCAAGAGCAUUUCAGCAGCCUCAAGGGCUCUGAAGUCAGAGCUAGAAAAUAAACCAUCAAUCAUUUCUGAAGGUUUAGUUUUGCCUCUCCUGAAUGGCACUAGAACCCCAACAGUGAGUGGUGAAAUGAAGUGUAGCUAUGGGGAGCUAACAGACCUACAACAGGCAUGGGGGAAGCUGAAAGAAAAGCAAGUUUCCAUGCAGCCUGUGACAUGUCAGGGUAAGGGUGUUAAGGUGGAUGAUUUCAGAGCCAGAGACAGUCAGUCCAAAGUCACUUCAUCUCUUCAGGGGAUACAAAAAGUUGAAUAUGUGAAAGGGAGGGCUGAGAACUCCGGAACAAGCCAAAACAGCACAAUCAAGAGCAUCUGUAGUGCAGAAGACCUUAGGCAAUUAGAUCUGCAAAACGGAGGGCUAUCUACUGGUGGCUCUUCUUUGUUGAGGUCCCCCUCAGUUCAGCAGGAGCAGCUGGAAGGGCAAGAGAUCCAGCGCACUUUCAUUGAGGUGAAGCUUUCCUCCUCAUCAUCCUCUUCCUCCUCGUCCUCUGCCUCUUCCUCACCAGCAUCGUUUCUGCAGCUGCCAUUGCUAGAAAAAACAGAAGAGGUAGACACAGAAGUACCUCAUCUGAUUGAGGACGUGGACACCGUGCAGUAUUUCUCAAAAGCAGAUACCACCAGAGAAAGAAAUGUCUGUGGCUUGUCAAAACCUGUGACAAGGACUUACUCAAUGCCAGCCCAGUUAUCAGGUCAGUUGAGGGAGGAAUGCCAUGUUGCAGAGGUUCGUCCUGUGCAAGAGCCCCAAGGCCACACUGCAGAGGAGAAAUACCCCCAGGCAGUGUCGGGGAUGUCAAAGAUGGUGCAUCUUAGCCCACCAAAUGGUCAGAGCGGGAAGGACGCUUCCAAAAACACCCAGAGGGUCCUUGAUGCGUCUCCCUCAGCCAGUAACACUAGCUGCUCUGCCACUGAUAAGCUGAGGAGCUUCAGAAGGAAUUACUACUACUACGAGCUGAACUGGCCACAUGAGCCUACCUCAUCCUUCUCUGUCAAGCAGAGAAUCAAAUCCUUUGAAAAUCUGGCACGUUUUGACCGGCCCAUCAUGAAGGCCAUUGAUAUACACUCGUCCGCCAGGUCCCCCCUUGUCAGGAGGUCGUGCGGUGGGACGACUGCAGCAGCCAGCCCUGCCGAGAUGCCGCGGGCCUUGCGGCGCAGCUUGAGCUCCUACGGCGGCAGCUCAAGCCCAGCCAGUGCCGCGGCCAAGUCUCCCAGCAGCGCAGAGCCCACGUGUGUGGCUGAGGGCAGCAAGGGGGAAGGAAAGCCCCAGAGGAGCGAGGGGGGCAGCGCUGGGGCGGUCACGGCCGCCCUUCCCCCUUCAGCCUCGCAGGCACGCCGCAGCCGGGGCCUGGGGCGGCCGCCGCUCUCCCGCUCCAGGCUGCGGGAGCUGAGGGCCCUCAGCAUGCCCGACCUGGACAAGCUGUGUGGAGAGGGCUUCUCAGGGCCACCGCAGCCCGCCUGCUUCAAGACAGAGCUGGAAAUCACACCCCGCAGAGCCCUGGGCUCGCCCGCCCGGAGCGACGCAGCCUCGCCGUCCCGCUGCAUCCCCGCUGAGGCGGGUGUGCUGGGGGUGUGUGCCAGCAGCCCUCGGGGCAGCAGCUCAGGGACGCCAGGGUCUGCCUCGGACGACGAUGUGCCCCGUGGCAGCUCUCCCGAUGGGGAACGCUCAGAAAACAGCUGGUCCAUCAGCUUGGAUCAGCUGCUUGUCUCAAGCCUGGACCAGCAAAAGCUGCAAUCUGUUUUGUCAGCAGUAGUACCAAAAUGUGAUGUUGCUGCUAUGCUCCAAGAAGUCAAAGCACAAGUAAAGAGCAAAGAAGACACAUACUUUGUAGUCUUGCACAAAGAAGAAGGAGCUGGCCUGGGAUUUAGUGUUGCUGGAGGAACAGAUCUGGAGCAGAAAUCAGUCACAGUCCACAGAGUGUUUUCAAAGGGAGUGGCAUCUCAAGAAGGGACUAUUCAUCGAGGAGAUCUUGUGCUGUCAAUCAAUGGCAAAUCUCUUGCAAGCUCAGUCCAUGGGGAUGUCCUGAAUGCUCUUCAUCACACAAGACUGUACAAAGACGCGGUCGUUGUCAUCCAGAAAGAAAAAGACAAAGCAAACAAUUUCUCCAGACUUGAGAUAUCAGCUACUGGCAGAAAAUGUGUGGGGUCUGGAAAAGGUGUUUCCAUGGAAAUAGGAACAGAUCCAAACCUGGAUAUGAAUGAUGUCAUCUGCGUUGAAUUAUUGAAAACCUCUGCUGGUUUGGGAUUCAGUCUAGAUGGUGGAAAAGCUUCCAUUGCUGGAGACAGACCCUUACUUGUAAAAAGGAUAUUUAAAGGUGGUGCUGCGGAGCAAUCUGGAAACAUAGAAACUGGAGACGAAAUUCUUGCUGUUAGUGGAAAAUCAUUACUUGGUCUCAUGCAUUAUGAUGCCUGGAACAUAAUUAAGUCUGUGCCAGAGGGCCCUGUUCAGUUACUAAUCAGAAAACACAGAACUUCGUUAUGAUGGAAGCACUACACCUACGCACACUUGCUAAGACAAAACAUUUAAAACUGGCUAGAAACUGUCUUGUUUCUAAAGCCAUACAGAAGUGUCUUAACAUGCUCUACAGAGAGGUGCUAAGAGCCUUGGAGAACCACUGAGCAAGCAUAUGGUGAACAUCAUAACAUCUCACCUAAUUAUUGGGGAUGAAGGAAGCCAAAUGUUAGAGACACUUUUGUAUUUUGUGGCAAUUUUAAUGGAACUUCAAGACCCCUCCUGGGUUUGAUUUAAAGUAUUUUGAAUGAGAUAAAUAACACUGUGCCUGUCCCAGAUAUUUUUAGUAUCUGCAUAGCAUCGGGAGUGUAACUUGUUGGUUGCCAUCCUGUUGACAAGGAUGGGUAUUUAGACUGUACUAUAUCACGUAGCUGUAAUAAGACUUCAGGACACUUACUAAGGGUCUGGUCCUUUUUUGUUGUAAUAAGAGAAUGUCUGGAACAAUCUCACUUUAUUCUUCUAAGUACAGUUUUGCUAAAAAUGCAUGACAAAAGAGUAUAAUUUUGCACAACUUUUAUGCCCAAAACAUGAGCAUUUUAUUGGAAGCUGAAAAAUCCUCUUAAAACUGAUGAACUAACUCAGCAUCUACCACUACUGAAACUGCUCUUAGAUGCAGCAUGUAUCUGAAAGCAGUUGGAAUUAUUGUGGUAGAAAUCUGUGAACCAGAAAAUAAUGUCCAACUUACAGGUGAUUGUCCACCAAGAUGCAGACUGAGUUGUUAGUUGUAAUUAAAAUGGGAGCGAUAAAAAUCGGAGUCUGGAUUUUCAAAUUUAGACUUCUAAUGUUAGGCACCUUUAAAAUAUGUAUAUUUUUUAAAAGGGGAUAAUUUCAGGUGCUGAGCACUUGCAGCUCUCAUAGACUUCAGCGAUCACUGCAUAUGUCUGAAAGCCAGGCUGCUUUUAUUUAGCUGCAAGAGGUUUAAGGUUGUCCAUCUUGAAACACUCAAGGUGGAAAAUGGUGAUCUAAGGAUGGAGAUUUAUAACACAUUAAAUUUGAACUGGCUGUAUUUGUGGUGGCUUUUAAUCCCUCAUGUUUGUUUUCUCCUGUCCAGUAUUUAUUUUUACUUGGUGAGAAUGAGUAGGGGUGUGUGUGUGUAAGAUACAAGUUCACCCGGCUGUGUCAGGAAGGUGUUGAUGCUGAGGGUUCUGGAUGGUGAAACUGAAAACUGUGUAGAUGGGAGAAAUCAUGAUGUUAGGUACAUUAAAACUGAAAGGCCUGCAAUGCUGUGGGCACUUUGUUUGGAUUUUCUUACCUCUGCUCCCAGUAGAGGUAUCAGUAGUGGGCCAUGCUGUUCCUGAGUGUUAUUUAUAGUCUGCUGUGUUGGAAGGAGAGUGCAUGGGUGCAAGAGAUUAGACUUAGUUAUUUCUCUGGAAUAGCCCAACAACAUAAAAGAGAUACAGGAGGAAAUGGGCCAGUGUCUUUUAUCAGCUGAGAACAAGUUGUUUGUUCCAGAGUGCUCAGGUUGUUUGUUGCGUUAGGCUGGGGACUGCUUGCAGCCAACAUGCCCAGAGGGAAGAGCUCUCAGCCUGGAGCCGGUUCAAAUCUGAAGUGCUGCCUACGUUUAUAGUGACUCAAGACACUAUGUAGCUAUUAAAAAAAGGUCUGGGCUUGUCACUUGGCCCUGCCCCAAGAUCGUACUAUAGUUCAAUUUACUUACAUUUAUUCAGCAGCGCUUGGCGCAGUCGCUUCCAGGUUAGUGGAGCGCUCGCUUUGCUUCAUUUCAGUGACAGCUUCAUUAGACUGCUGCCUGUGCAGAGGAAAAUGCAGUUGUACGAGGCAGCCCGAGACCAGGCAGGCAGAAAAGCAGUUCAGCAUUUGCCAAAAAAAUGAAUAGAUUUACUUCUUUUUCAGUGACAUAUUAGCAUGUGAAAUCCAAGGAGAGAUGCAAAUUUUUGUUACAAGAAAGGCAGUGCUGUACCUAGUCCUACAACUGCUUGGCCUGCAGGAUUUCUGUGGAAACUGAUUCAGGUUUAGUGCUGUGAAUUGACUGUGGAGUUGGGUCCCCUGUGGCCCUAAAGCUCAGCCACUCUGUCAGGACCAGUCCUUGCCUCCUGUCACCUCUGUGGUGGGAGAGGCUUCAGGAGAAUGCAGCACUUGGGAUCAGAGAACCACACUGAGGUUGCAGACCUGUGCUGGGAUAAAAGAGGUUACCCCUGCAUAUUUGCUGAAAAACAGGGAGAAGACAUAGGCAAUGACAGUUAAAUGACAAGGCUUUGUUCAGGAAUGACCAAAAUCUGAUUGUAAUAGCGUGUAUAAUAGAUACAUAAAAUGCAUGUGGAGUUUAAUGCAGCAUAGUGAAUACAUACCUAUAUAUGUAUAAUACGUACAAGUGCAGUACUGAUUUUUUGCUACUUUAAUGUGGUAAAUCACAGUUGUGUUUUAGGAGUGACAUUUUUUUUCAGUCUACCGUUUAGAAGUUUGAGGUUCCAAUGCUGGGAGCCUUAUGUCUCACUCACUCCUAAACUAGUGUGAGCUCAAAGGUAAAGUCUUCAUUUUGUAAAUUAAACUUAAUUUGAGGUGUCUUAAGAUGAUAGGUGGUAAAUAUUUUCAGAAGCUUAUUUGCAGGUACUGUUCAUUGUGAGUGAUUUAGAAGGCUUUAAUUUUUCAGUAAGUACUGUUCAGUAUUUUAUUUUACAUGCACGUAGAUAUGUGUUGGCUGAGUAACAGCAGAUGGGGAUUUUUGUGUGUGACUCGGUAGUGGCUAUAAUUUAAAUGAUAGUUUUAAUGUUUUAAGUCUGAUAGUUACUAUGGCUAUAAUGAUACAUUUCUCUACUAACAUUGCAGCAAGAAAAGAAAUAGUAUUUAACCCUGAUUUGUUUCUGUUCCUAAAUAUAUUUUUACUUUUGUGAAAGAACAAGGAACAUCUUUACUGAUGCUACCAGUGUUGAUAUGAUUACAGUAGCAUUUCCUGAUGUCUCUAUUGGGGUGACAUUCCUCAUAAAAGCCCCAGGAUUUAUGCAAUAUGGGUCUGCUUUCUUUACAAACAGAAUGGACAGACCAAAACGAUGUAGUGAACCUUAGGUUACCUGGCUAAGUAAAUGUUAUUUUUCUGAGAGCCUGAUUGCACCAAAAUGACAGAGGGUGUUGCAUUAGUUCAUCAGUAUUCAGUGGGUUCAUGAGCAUUUUUGGCCUUGCUGGUUGCAUAUCCGUCCCCGCAGUGAUUCAUGCCAUGCUGGAGGGUUUGCCAAGCUCUAGAACUCUCUAGAGUCUUGCAGCUGCAUCUUGGAAGACCAAAAAAUAAGGAUGGAAUCACAGGCUUCAUCCAUGACUCUUCACCAGGGACUGGAAGGCAUUCCAGAGAAGGUGAAUUUGCUCCUACAUGGAGAAGGCUUGGUGGAGGGCUUUGCCACUUCUCGACCUGGGGCAGCUCAGGUUUCACAUCCUGGAUAUGAGAAUGGGCUCUGGUGCGAUACUGCCAUUGCAUAUUUUCAGCCUUUUGUACCUGGAAGUUCUUUCCAGCUUCUGUGGGGAUUUCAUCUAUAUUAAAAACUGUGAGAUUAGGCCUAAAUUAGGGAGAGAGCAACAUCUGAUGGUUUUCUUGUUAAUAAAAGAAAAUGAGAGCAGGUAAGUAUUAAUAAACUAUAGAGUGAUUAAUAUUUUAUAAUGAUCCUCGCUUAAAAUUAACUCUAGUUAAUGUUCUGCAGUGGUUCUUAUUAAAAUCUGAAGGAAGUAUUCCCAGAUGGGAAUUUUUACCUGCUUCUACAUUUAGGGUAUGUUAAUGUGUACGUGGAAAUAUUCAUGAGGAGUAGACUAGAUCAUGGGAUCCCACUCUAGAUAGGUUUUGUGUGUUAGGCCAAGACACUUAUUGUAUGAUAUUGUAUAUUUACACCUUUAUUUAUAUAAUAAAACUUCUUUUAAUGAAAACUGUUUAUUAUGCCUUGUAUAUUUUAAAAAAAGUGAGUGCAAUAACAUGAAAUAGAUUGUAAAUUUUUCAAUUUAUUGUCUCUGUUAUGUAAAUCUGUAUCACCAUAAACUGUUUCGUUUGGGUUUUUUAGUGAUUUUGAAAAUAAAUGGUAUCCUUAGUA